AUGAAGGGUGCAGAAGCCUUUUGUCGAACUGUGAGAUGGAGAAGGAGAGCCAAAUCAAUCCUGACUGCAGCUGUAGCUGACAUCAUGGAAAUUACCGGGCUGCGUGACGAUUGUUUUGACCUUCGUGAGCAUAUCCGGGGCAUCAAGUGUGGACACAAGUUCCGGGUGGACCACCUUAUCAAGGCUGCCCGUGUUGCGUGUGACAUGUGUGACAAGCAGGCUGGCUCGGGAGAUGAUUCACAGACCAGCAUCCAUCAUUUCUUCAAAGUGUCAGGAUCUGAGGCUCCUGAGACCGAGCCUGUCAUGGAUGAUUCCAAAAGACCGUCCCCGCUUCCGACGCUGAGCUGCAGGAUUUCUUCUCCUGCGGUGCAAGGGGGUCCGCCUUGCCGCCACAUGAGAUGGCAUUCGGCCAGUCUGUGGAUGACUGGGAGCUUCGUCACAUCCCUGCUCAAGUUUGGCCUGCAACUCAUUGCAAAAAAACGCAAGUUCGAGUGGCACAGCAAAGACUUGGGCGCGUCAGCUGCGUCUUUCCAUGAUUCAGCGCGGUGCUUGGAUGGGUCUGGGCGCCAGUCGCAUGAGCCGGUAACCCUGGAUUGUGAAGGGCGUCUGCGUCAGUCCAUGCCAAGUCCUGUUGAGCAGCCUUGCUUUCCAUCCCAGACUACAGCAGAGAAUCUCUUGCCAAUGAUGGUUCUCAUGUUCAACAUGGUACAAGCGAUGCAACCAUCUUCUUCAGCUAGGGGUGCUUCUGUGGAUAUCGCUCGUCCUCGCCCACACGGCGCAGAGCCAUGCCGACAGGGCGAUGCUAUGACAGAGACCUUGGGUGACUGCGCUGCAAGAUGGAAGAGACUAUUGCUUCCAGACGCCUUCGGCAGAAUGCCAAAUCUCGAGGCCAUAAUUGGCCUUGCGGCUUCCCAUCCAAAGCCGCCGCAGCGAGCUCUCUACAGCCACCCCGGUGAGGUCAAACGCCUUCUAGCUCAAGACGGGGCUUCGACCAUCGGCGUCUUGUUCAAGCCGGACAACAUGUCUGGAAGCGUCGCCGUUUAUUUAAAAUCAGGCAAAGUCAUUAUUCAGGGCAACUCGCGCCAAAGCAAAAUGAUGAUUGAGAAGAUGGUGCAGCCAUGGACCCAAAUGUGGCCACUUGGAGGAGUUGCAGCCAGGCGCGCUGGCGCUGCUUUCUCCAAUCUCCCUACUCCAGAAAUGGCGCGAGCCAUGGCUGCAAACUUGCCUGGAGCCGGAUAG